CGAUGAUGAUCCCCGGACAACCCCGCCUACCUAGUGUGUACCUAGUGUGCACAUCCCCUCCCCCGUGUACCCUUCUGGGAAGACGCGCGCGUGUGGGUUCGAAGACGAAGGGUCAGCAUCGACGUCGGGGAACAGUGAGCGAGUGACUACCAAGGAUCGCGCAUCGAUUUUCGAUUUUGUUUUUCACGUUUCGAGCCUUAACGCUUGCACAUUUUCGAAGAUACUAACAAUCAAGAUGAGGCGAUCCGCCUUAAAAUUAGGGAUUUCCCUAAUUUUAUUCGUUGCUAUCGACGCUUUUCCAAAAAGGCUCGAGCGUAGCGUCGACUUGAACGAGCAGCACAAGCUCGAGUGGGUGUGCAUCUGCGACGACCUCUGGCCCCUGAGCUACAUCCUCGAGAUCGAGCCGCUCAUCACCGAGGCGAAGUUCAAGGGCCGCGUGAGAAUAAACGUCACCUGGACCGAGGGCGCCGACAAGAUAAGCCUCCACGUGCAUCCGGAUCUCCAGAUCUCGCACUCCAAUGUCCGAGUGACUCGGCUCAACGACGUCCACGUCUCCGACGACAGCGCCGAAGAGCCAAAGGCUCCAGCGCCCGUAAGAAUCUCCAAGACUGAAAGGAAUCCGAAAAAAUUAGUUAUUCAUCUUGACCAAAUGCUAAGAAGAAACGUCAUAUGUGAGAUCGACAUUACAUACUUGGGCAACAUAACAACCAACGGCACGUCUGAUCUUUUUAUGAAUGAAUAUAAUGACGUAAAUGGACAGAAACACAGUUACGUCGCCACAUAUCUGCGUCUGAAUAAUGCACGCAAGAUGUUCCCGAGCUUCGACGAACUGCAAUACAAGACCAAGUUUCAGCUAAUACUUAGACGACCUAAAAACAUGACGGCCCUGUCCAAUACACCGAUUGAGAAAAGCGUGGCUGUCCCCGGUGAGCCGGAAAUGAUGCAGGAUCACUUCGAGCAGACUCCGGAAAUGACAACGUACCAGCUUGCUUUUGUCAUCUCGGACUUUGAGAGUAUCGUCCCGACGAAGCACGCGAACACGAUCGACGGCCAAGAGCUGCAGGUGCGUGUCUGGGGUCGCAAGGACUACGUCGAGGCGCUCAAGGACGUACCGGACAAAAUCAUUACAAUUGUCAAUUACCUGCAGGAGUAUUUUAAUAGCUCGAUCAAAUUAGCGAAACUCGAUAUCGUAGCCAUGCCGACAUACACGGCCACCAAGGCAUCCGACAAUUGGGGCUUGAUGAUUUUCAAGGAAGGCGAGCUCAGCAGUCCACUGGUAUGGAACAUGGCUUACGAGUUGACUUACCAAUGGAUCGGUCAAUACAUCACUCCUUAUCGUUGGGUAGACGCCUCGGAGAACAAGGGAUUAAACUCCUUCUUGGCCUCCAUGACAACAAUGGACAUCAAUCCAGACGAAUUGAAGGGUAAAUGGCCGAUGAAUAUACUCUACUCGUUAUACUACGGGUACGGCAAGGCCUUCGGAGCCAAUAGGCGAACUGGAAUUAUUCGCGACGCAAAAUUCGCAAAAAUCGAAUUGGUCUUUCGGAUGUUCUAUUACAUUCUUGGGAAGGAGGACUUUAAGACGAGUAUGCGACAUCUAAUACAGUCUCAAUCGACGACAUGGCCAGGAGUGGCGGAAGGACGGGGAACGCGAUCCUUCACCGCAAUCGACAUCUACAACAGCAUGAAAUACGUGGCGACGAAGAGCGGCUCCCUGCCCAGGCCGUUGACCAUCAUCCAGAUCGCCGAGACCUGGAUAGACCAGGAACGCCUCCCCCUUGUCACUGUCACUCGCAAUUACAACAACAGCACCAUAACCUUUAGCCAGAAACUGUACGUAAGAGAGACGCAAAAUCCUCUAAAUUCUUGGGAAAGCUCGUAUCGUUGGAAUAUUCCUUUAGUAAUGCAAUCCCGUCACAAGUGGAACAAUAGCGAUUAUACACCGAAAGCUUGGCUGCUCAAAUCCAAUUACGAACAAAACUUGAACAUUCGUGACAUUGACGAUAAGGACAGUUUCAUCGUUGUCAAUCCCGAAGAAAUUGGCUUAUUCCCGGUAAACUACGACUCGCAUAAUUGGGAAUUGCUCGCUGACUAUCUGCAGAGUCCGACCUUCGAAACAAUACCGACCCUCACCCGGGCCAAGCUGCUCCACGACUCCUGGAAUCUCGCUUACGCCGACGAGCUCCACUUCAAAAUUGCUCUCAAUAUGACAUUGUUCUUAAAGCACGAGAAGAGCCAUGUUGUUUGGGAGCCAUUCUUCCCGAUGAUCGAUCACGUUGGCAGGCGCAUCGAGGGAUCCGGUGUUUUUGGCAAAUUCGAAGCGUACCUGCGAUCGCUCCUGAAGCCCAUGUACACCGAGGCCUGCGAGAGUCCCCAGGCCGGGGAGCCCUCGUGGAAGGCCCACCUGAGGGGUCUGGCCAGAUACUUCCUCUGCGGCGCCGGUUACGAGCCCUGCAUCAGCGAGGCUCGCGACCAGUUUAAGAAAUGGAUGGCCGACCAAGAGCCGGACAAGGGCAACCCAGUCGCCAACGAAUUUAUUUGCCCGGUUUUCAAAUGGGGAACCGACGACGAAUGGAACUUUGGAUUGGAGCGUGUUAUUAAAUUCCCGAGGGACAGCCCCGAGAGGAAACAAAGCGAGAGAACUUAUCUUUUGAAGACACUGGCUGGCUGCGCAAAGGAUCCUGCUAAAAUUGAAAGAUUACUUUACGUUGCGAUCACACGUCGUGCCGAUUUUACCGAUGCCGACAUACAUCUGAUCUUCACAAUGCUGACAGGCAGUUCGAACGGCUACACGACCCUCUUCAAGUUCCUAUACGACCACUGGGACACAAUAAAGCAGCGCUUCGCCGGUAGCAUGAACCUCUGGACGGGCAUAGUUCGCUCGGCUACCGGCUUUUUCAACACCCAAGAGGGCUACGACAUGGUGUCGAAGCUCUACGCUGAGCGCAGAAGCGAAUUCGGCAAUGCAGAGCCCUUCGUUAUCGAGGCCAUGGAGAACAUCAUGAGAGAGAUGAAGUGGAGCGAAAAGAACCUACCGGUGAUCGAUCAGUGGCUCACGGACAAUCUGGUCAAGCCUCUCGUUAUCGAUAAGGAUAUGCAACAAUACUGGAAGACGGCGCUCGCUUGUCCCAACCGCGAGAUCAAUGACGCGACAGCCCCGGCGAGCUAAGCUCGGCCAAUACUCAUUAUCGUAAUGAUGAGAUCGAUGAUGAUCGAUGAUAAUAACGAUGUAUUUAGAUUGUUGGGAGUGAAGUGUUUUGCGCCAAUUUCAGUUGGAAUAUCGUUGCACGAACUUCGAAUGUGAUUUGGCGCUGCUGGGAUUAUGUUGUAAGUCAAAUGCGUCAUCAUUGAUGGCAUUGUAAGAACGCUUACUUGCCUUCGAGGAAAAUUUUUGUCAAUGUCCUAAUUAUCCGUACUCUUUAUUAUUGAUUGACAAAUUUAAUCACACA